CAGGAACUCGGUCUUAUUUUUAUUUGUUUCGAGGUUGAACACGUACACAUUUUUAGCUUAUCUGGGUGAAAAAAUUUAAUGAAAUAUUUUAAAGCGGCACAGAAAAUCAAAGUGCUAGUUUACAAUCCUAGUAGUAUUGAUCAAAGUUUCCAGUUUAACGUCAAGCAAAAUGUUUCGGUUUUCGCGAAAAGCAAUUUCACGGGCGUGUAGUCUUAUAAUACGCCGACCGCAGGAGAUCCGUUCCCGCAGGUACGCCUCUCAGGCGAUCAACCAGAUGCUGCAACUGCAGCAGAUGGAGAUCUGCGCGGAUCCGCCGUCGCGUGGCUUGGUCGUGGGAGUUUACGCCGACGAGGAAGACAAGAAUGACGCCGGUAUAUUGACGCCCACCGGCUGGAAGUAUAAUGUCCAGAAAACACAUGGCCGGUUGUUGGAAGUGCUGCGAAUGUCCGGACCAAUGCCUAAAAGAGGAGAGACCCGCCUUCUGUUCGCCGUGGAGCCAGAGCGUGUACCCUACUACUCGGCAGUGGCUGUUAUUGGGCUGGGUAAGGAGUGCCUUGGUUACAACCCAUAUGAGGUACUCGACGAACAGAAGGAGGCCAUUCGGCGGUCAGUAGCUGACGCCUGCAGGGUUCUCGCAGAGCUGGACACCGAUCGUAUCGAAGUGGAGAACUGUGGACACGCAGAGUCUGCUGCAGAGGGAGCUGCUCUGGGGAUAUGGAUCUAUCAGGAGUUGCGGGAUCCCAAGCGCCGAAUUUCAGUGCCUUCCAUUGACUUGUACGCCACCAAGGAUGAAAUCUGCGAUAUAGAAGGAUGGCGCAUCGGGCUCCAAAAGGCUGCCGCUCAGAACCUGACGCGCCAGCUACAGGAGAUGCCCUCCAACUUGCUGACUCCUACUGCCUUUGCCCAGAAUGUCGUUGAAGUGCUAUGUAAAUCUGGCGUGAACGUAGAGGUCAAAGUCGAGGGUUGGGCUGAGAGUCAGUCGAUGCAUGCUUUUCUGGCGGUAGGAAAGGCCUCCUGUGAACCACCCAUCUUUCUGGAACUCAGUUACUAUGGAACCUGCGCCGAAGAGCGUCCAAUUGUUCUCGUUGGACAGGGAGUGACUUACGAUGCGGGUGGCUUGUGCUUAAAGGACAAACACGAGCUUUUCCACAUGCGGGGGGACAUGACCGGAGCGGCUGUAGUGGUGGCCACUUGCAGGGCAGUGGCUGGUCUGCGGUUGCCGGUCAACAUCCGCGGUCUAAUCCCGUUAUGCGAGAACGUUAUUGGAUGCAACUCUUUCCGUCCUGGAGAUAUGGUAAAGUCCAUGAACGGUAAGACUAUCGAGGUUCAGUGUACAGAUCAUGAGGAUGUUCUGGUUCUGGCUGAUGCACUACUUUACGGGCAGAACUUUUGUCCAAAAUGUAUCAUUGAUAUUGGAACCUGUUCGGGUUAUAUGCGUCAAGCCUUGGAUGAAGCGGCCUGUGGUGUGUUCACCAACUCUGAAAUCCUGUGGCAACAGAUCAAGCACGCCAGUAUGCACACAGGAGAUCGUGUGUGGCGCUUCCCGCUGUGGAACUACUACAGCAAGGCGGUCCGAGCUGGAGGACGAAGUGAUGUCCAGAACUACGGCAUUGGCCGUGGUGGACGUCCUUGCAAGGCAGCCGCCUUCCUGCGUGAGUUCGUACCUUGCGGUCAGUGGAUGCAUAUUGAUGCUACUAAUGUGAUGAUCACUCGGGGCGAUGAGUUUGAAUAUCUGCGAGAGGGCAUGGCCGGACGGCCAACUAGGACACUCAUAGAGUUUAUUGCACAGUCCAUAUGCAAAGAUACUGCCCCUAAGCUAAACAAGUGAGGACUUCAACGGUGUUUUAAUUUUAUCAGACGAUGCCACACGUUUUUGAACGGCUGACCAACCUAUGACUAUUUUAACGUUAUGACGUUUAUCUGUUUGGGCCCGAAAUAUGUUAAAAUUAUUUCGUUUAUUAAUGACAUACAAAUUAUAAGUCAUAUAAAAAGUAA